UGGUCCAUUUCAGCGGCAGCGGCGGCGGGAGCGGUAGCAGCGGCGGGAGCGACGGCGAAGCCGAAAAGCAAAGCCCAGCUGAGCCCGGCCGAGCGGAGUCAUGGACGAGGAAUACGAUGUGAUCGUGUUGGGCACGGGCCUUACGGAGUGUAUUCUCUCCGGCAUCAUGUCUGUGAAUGGGAAGAAGGUGUUGCACAUGGAUCGGAAUCCUUACUAUGGGGGUGAAAGCUCCUCCAUCACACCCCUGGAAGAGUUGUUCAAACGGUUUGACCUAUCCGAAGGGCCUCCUGAAAGCUUGGGCAGAGGCCGAGACUGGAAUGUUGACUUGAUCCCCAAAUUCCUCAUGGCCAAUGGCCAGUUGGUGAAGAUGUUGCUGUACACAGAAGUGACUCGUUACCUAGACUUUAAAGUCGUAGAAGGAAGCUUUGUCUACAAGGGGGGCAAGAUCUACAAGGUGCCAUCUACUGAGACUGAGGCCCUGGCCUCCAACUUGAUGGGCAUGUUUGAGAAACGCCGAUUUAGAAAGUUCCUGGUGUUCGUGGCAAACUUCGAUGAGAACGACCCCAAGAGCUUUGAGGGUGUUGAUCCUCAGACCACAACCAUGCGCGAUGUGUAUAAAAAAUUUGAUUUGGGCCAAGAUGUUAUUGACUUCACUGGCCACGCUCUGGCACUCUAUCGAACUGACGACUACUUGGACCAGCCUUGUCUUGAGACCAUCAACCGCAUCAAACUCUACAGUGAGUCUCUGGCUCGGUAUGGGAAGAGCCCAUACUUAUAUCCUCUCUACGGCCUGGGUGAACUACCCCAGGGAUUUGCAAGAUUGAGCGCCAUCUAUGGUGGGACAUACAUGCUGAACAAGCCUGUGGAUGACAUCAUCAUGGAGAAUGGAAAGGUGGUAGGGGUGAAGUCAGAAGGGGAGGUGGCCCGUUGUAAGCAGCUGAUCUGUGACCCCAGCUACAUCCCUGACCGGGUUCGAAAGGCUGGCCAGGUCAUCCGAGUCAUCUGUAUCCUCAGCCACCCCAUCAAGAACACCAAUGAUGCCAACUCCUGCCAAAUCAUCAUUCCCCAGAAUCAGGUCAACAGGAAAUCAGACAUCUAUGUGUGCAUGAUCUCCUAUGCCCAUAACGUGGCCGCCCAGGGAAAGUACAUUGCUAUUGUCAGCACCACAGUGGAGACGGCCGAGCCCGAGAAGGAGAUCGAGCCGGCGCUGGAGCUGUUGGAGCCCAUCGACCAAAAGUUCGUGGCCAUCAGCGACUUGUAUGAACCAACCGACAAUGGACUGGAAAGCCAGGUAUUCUGUUCCUGUUCUUACGAUGCCACCACUCACUUUGAGACAACCUGCAAUGACAUCAAAGAUAUUUACAAGCGCAUGGCGGGGACAGACUUUGACUUUGAAAACAUGAAGCGCAAACAGAAUGAUGUCUUCGGAGAGGAUGAGCAGUGAUGGCAGGAAGUAAUUCCCUCCCCUUAGGGCCCUCACCACCUUCUCCUGCCUCCCUCAGCACCAAGUUUCCUUUUCUCCCUUUCUAUUUUUUUUUUUUUUCUACUUUGGGGCUCACGGGGAAGGUUUGGAUGGGCCACCUGAGUCAGCCACAUGCCCCUGCUUGCCCUCUUACUCCCUCCUCUGCACCUUCCUAUUAGGACCCCUUCGAAUUCAUUCCAUUUGUUGACCAAACCCUAGCCUAGCAGUGAAAGAUUGGCGAUUGGGGUACCUUUCUUCUCCCUGCCCCUACCCUAGGGAGUCUGGGAGACCUCUCCCGUGUUCUCCAGGAUUUGUGGCUUCUCUCUCUCUCCCUCUCUCACAAUGUCAUGUUUCUGUGCUCUGCUUUAUCCCUACGGUCACUCCCCCCCCCCCUUCCCCAAACUCCUGGCCUCUAUGGUGCUUUUUCUUUGGGGGGGAGGGGGGGUUAGAGAAUGAAAGAUGGAAGCAGACUUUUCCCUCCCGUGUCUCAGGUGUCUCUCCUUGUGCUUCUCUUCUCCCAUGAACACGCCUAAACUCGCUGCCUCUAACAGCUAAUCAGUUAUCCUUUGUCUCGACUGUGCUGGGCUGGAAUACAAGGGGGUUGGGAGGGAUGGGACAUCAAGUUGCUGCUGUAUUUCCAGCCCUUUCUCCCUUAAUUUAUUUUAACUUAUUAAUAUUACUUUCCGUAGUGAUUCUCCCCCCCUCCCUACCCCCCCACCCUCUCAGGGUGCAGGAGAAGGAAGAAGAAAGGUAGUUCCCCGCCCCGCCCCGGCCUGUCCGUGCUGUAUUACUCUGCCCCUUGUAGGUGGGAGAUGGAGUCCCUUCCCCGCCCCCGCCCCGGCCGUGACCACGCGCCGCGGGGAGGGGCAGCCAGCCAGCCAGGACUUCCGAGAGGUUUUCUGAGGGAAAGUUUACAAAAAGAGGUGGGGAAAGGGACCAAACUCCUGCCAUGGCCUGCCCCCUCCCCCGCCCUUCCCCCCACCCCCCACAGCCAGUGGGGGGCGGGACCAAAUGUCGACAAGUGACUGUGUGUGACUCCCGCUUACUGUGUAUCGGACAGGAGAAAUAAGUUCCCAAUAAAGCCUGUUGAAAAGUU